AUGGGGCGCAACGCGCGGAAGCGCAUCUCUUAUGUGCUGCCGCUCGCGAACUCGGCAGGAGGCCACAGACUGGGUGUCAAUGGCCUCGCCGUCGACCCUGUAGACUCCAUCCUUUACUCGGGAGGCCGCGACGGCGUGAUAUGCGCCUGGGACCUGCACCUCGACCUUAAACACAGAGAUAGCGACGACAGAGACCCCUUCGCCGACUCGAGCGCGCCACAUUACAAGCCGCCGCCGACCCAGUUCCGCCAACAGGCGCAGGCACACACCCACUGGAUCAACGACCUCGUCCUCGCCCAGAACAGUCAGGCCCUCGUAUCUGCCUCCUCCGAUAUUACCGUCAAGGUUUGGCGACCCGCUGCCACAGACUUCCAGCCGCCGCAAACAAUUGGUCUUCACACCGACUAUGUCAAACGCGUGGCUUCACCCGGCCCUCACGAAAAUUGGGUGGCCUCCGGUGGGCUCGAUCACAAAAUCAGUUUGUGGGACUUGAACGGCGCAGGUCAGAAACUUCAGAUUGCAGUAGGAGACGACGAGAACGUUGCCAAAGGUUCUGUCUAUGCGCUCGCAUGCAGCCCCUCCAUCGUCGCAAGCGGCGGGCCGGAGAGCAUCGUGCGCAUCUGGGACUCGCGGACUGGCAAGCGCAUAACCAAGUUCGUGGGACAUACAGACAACGUGCGGGACGUCCUGAUCACGCAGGAUGGCGACACUAUCCUCACGGCCUCGUCAGACCAGACUGUCAAAGUGUGGUCCAUGACGGCGGGUCGGUGCAUGUACACGCUCACCAUGCACAACGACAGUGUGUGGUCACUCUUUUCGGACGACCCGCAGCUGAAGGUCUUCUACUCUGCCGAUCGUUCAGGCAUUGUGGCCAAAAGCGACGUCCGCAAUUGUCCUGAGAUGGACGAGGGCAUUUCGGUAGCAGUGUUGCAGGAGCAUGAAGGUGUUAACAAGGUGGUCGCGGCUGGUGACUACGUGUGGACAGCAACAUCCAGCUCAAGUAUCAACCGGUGGAACGACGUAGAGACAGCGGCCGAGAUCAUGCUCCCGGAUACUUACAAGAUGCAUAGAUCUAGCAUUGCCACGACACGAUCUCGCUACCCUUCCCCGCCCGCAUCGACGCCUCCGACGAACGGAGCCACACCAAAGAUACCAUUCAAAGCUUUAUUGCGCAUGUCGAAUACUGCGCCAUUUCCACAAUUGUUCUCCAAGGACUCUGAUGCCUCCACAUUGUAUUCAGUCACUAGCGCACGCAAGCCUGCGGAGGUCUUAGUGGCACCAGAUCAUGGCGUUAUUAUUCCCUGCAGAGAUUUGCCUGAUUUUUCGAUAGAAGGACAAAACGGGCUAAUCAAGCAUCAUCUACUCAACGACCGGAGGAGAGUGCUUACCCUAGAUACCGCUGGCGAAGUUAUUCUUUGGGAUCUGCUCGCUUGCAUUCCUCUAAAGUCAUUCGGCAAACGCCACUUGGAAGACGUCGUACCUGAAGUGAACACUCGCGAAACUGUUGCUCAUUGGUGUGCCGUUGAUACACGAAUAGGCAGCUUGACCUGUGUUUUGGAAGAAAAUUAUUGUUUCGAUGCGGAAAUGUAUGCCGACGAACUUCAACUCCCAGAGAACAUUGACUUUAGAGAAGACCAGCGAAUAAAUCUUGGCAAGUGGGUAUUACGAUACCUAUUCGCGAACCUCGUCGAUGAGGAGAUAAAGCGCGAUUCCACUUUCAGAGAAAAACUUCUGGCGGGUGUGGCGAGCCGCGCAAAUCCCCCCAAAAGCAUCCAGUUGCCAGAUAAUAACAUCAAUGGUUGGAAGGACGCCACGUCCGGGCCUGCAUCGGGCUCCACCAUCCGAGCUCCGAACGGCUUCCACCUACCUGUCACAACUCCAGGUCUACACAUUGGCCAAGCUACACCCGGUAUUCCUCCGUCGAGCGCGGGCAAAGGCUCACAUUAUAACCAGCUUCUUACUCCUACAACGGAAGAGGGCUCCCAGCUGGAGAAAACUGCCACUCAGCGAAGCUCUACGCAAGAUCAGCCUGAUUAUUUCUCGCGAUCGCCCGCUACUAAUGGCAAUGGCAACGGCAAUGGAAACAAGAAGGAAAACAGCUCCACAGAAGGAUCAGAAGAGAACGCACCUCAGUCACCGGCAGAGGACGCCCAAACGCAAAAGAAGAGCAAGGGCCUCUUUGGCAAAAAGUUCGGCAUGUCUCUGAACAUGAAGAAGUUUGCCUCAAACACCGAGAAACCCGAAGCACCGAAGCCAGCGGCUACCGACGAGAAGUCAGAAGACAGCGAUUCCCAUUCCACAAAGACCGACGAAAAGGUCAUCGAAGACAACUUCUUCGGAGCUCUGCAGAAGAUCCGCCAGACAUACGAAGAACAGACCAAUCUAGGCGCUCAGAAGCUGGACACGCAGAUUGCGCCUAGCCUACCGAACGAGACUCCCGUACUGAAACCGCCAGCUAACACGACCAUCCUAAUCCAAGAAGAUCGCCCCGAUAGCGGCGGGGUCGCUGAUCUGUUCGAAGGCAAGGUCGGCUCCUUGGGCCAGCAAGCCGACCUCAUCGAGAAGUGCGCUCCUGUUUGGCUCGCCGACGUUCUCCUUCGGAACCAAAUCCCUCUCAAGGACAUCGUCAAAGUCUCCUUCAUCCUCGAGCCCUACCAAGCGCUCCUCCCCAGCAUCUCAUCCGACGGGUACCCCCCCCUGCUCCCCCCUCCUGACAAAGUAGUUCGCAACGCUAAUACUGCUCAAAGCAACAACCGCCUCAACGCGAAUCGUAUGCUGCGUGCGCGUAAGAUCCUGUCGUACGUCGCUGAACGCAUCGAGCCGGCGUCGAGCAAGGAGGAGGAGGGCGGGGACCUCAGGCCUGAGGAGUAUUUGGAGCUUUAUUGCCAAAAUCAGCUCAUCGCCCCCACAAUGACACUUGCUUCGAUCCGCGCGCACGUCUGGCGUGGCGGCGGAGACGUCGUGCUGUACUACAAGGCGAACGGGCGGAAGGAGAUCAAGCAUGCGCCUCAAGCUGGGCUCUCUCCUGGUCUGGGUAGCUCCGGCGUGAGCGAGGGGGAAGGCCUCGAGUGA